AUGAAGAAUCCCAGAUCCUCCAGAGCUCUCUUUGCCAUGAAGGUGCAGAAAGAAGCUCUGAACAAAUGGUAUUGCAGAAAUGCUGGCCUCCAAAACGCAGAUGCAAAGAAUCCCAAAAGGUUCCAAGAAGCAGAGAGCUCUGUUGCAGAAGAACCGCCAUUGAAAGGUAAGGAGCCCCAAAGGCUAGAAGGCAUUGAAAUGGCUCUGAAACAACAUAUGAUUAACUGUCCUCUGGAAGCAGACCAAAGAGAUUAUGAAGAUCUGGAGCGUGAAGAACAGACCCAAGAAGUUGAAGAGGCCAAAAUGAGCCCCACCGUCUUCUUCAUUAAAAUGGUGGAGGAGCAACAACUGCAGUCGCCUCAAGAGGUAAUUAGCGAAUCCUCUUGA